AUGGAAAGAUUCGGGUGGUGGUUGAUGACCAAAAAUUCCUUUGCUGAUCUCGAUGGAGCGGAUGUUGCCGCCGAGGUACACUCAAUCCUUGCAAUUGGCAGAGAAUUGCUCGCCUUGGAGGAGGAAGAGAAAAGCUUGCCAGUUGGAGCAAUACAACUUUGGAGGCGUGCAGAAAAAGAGUAA